AUGUUCAGCAAUAUCAGGACAGGGGCAGACCCUACCGAACCCCUCCCCUUACCCCUCACCACCCUCCCGGAGCCGUCCCGGUCCCUCCCGGCCCCUACCGGCAGCGCUGGGCCCGGCGCGGCCUCCCCCGGGGGCGCUGAGGGAAAAUGGAGGCGGCGGCGGCGGCGGCGGCGGGGGGCGGAGCAGACGAGUUGCGACCUCCGGGCGGGCAGAGCGGCGCCACUUCCGCUUCCGCCGGAAGCGGCAGCGGGGAUGGGGCCGGAGGUGGUGGCGGCGGCUGCGGGCAGGGCCCCGCUCCCGGCCCCGAUCCCGAUCGUGGCGCUGGUGCUGGCGCUGGGCGCGGCCGUUAACGGGGGAGGAGGAGGAGGAGGAGGAGGAGGAGGCGGGCCGGGCCCCGUUACGUGCGGCUCGGUGGUGAAGCUGCUCAAUGUGCAGCACAACGUGCGGCUGCACUCGCACGACGUCCGCUACGGCUCCGGCAGCGGGCAGCAGUCGGUGACCGGCGUGGCGGCGGCGGACGAUGGUAACAGCUACUGGCGGGUGCGGGGCCGCACGGCCGCCGUGUGCGAGCGGGGCCGGCCCGUGCGGUGCGGCCAGGCCAUCCGCCUCACGCACCUCGGCACCGGCCGCAACCUCCACAGCCACCGCUUCGCCUCCCCGCUCUCCGGGAACCAGGAGGUGAGCGCCUUCGGGGAGGACGGCGAGGGCGACUACCUGGACGACUGGACGGUGCUGUGCAGCGGGACCUACUGGGCGCGGGACAGCGAGGUGCGCUUCCAGCACGCCUCCACCGACGUCUUCCUGGCGGUGACGGGCGAGCAGUACGGGCGGCCCAUCCACGGGCAGAAGGAGGUGCACGGCGCGGCCGCCUCCAGCCAGCACAACUACUGGAAGGUCAUGGAGGGCGUCUUCAUGCAGCCCGGCGAGGUUUUCAAAGCGGAGCGUUACCACGCCGAGCUGUGACCGACACAGACUGAUGGCCCCCGGGCCCCGCACGGGUCUGGCGCGCACCAAAAACUGGAGCCCGAUGUCCCAAAUGCAGCACGGAGUUAAUAGUUCCCUCGUUCUGAUUUCACACGGUGUUAAUAAUUCCGUUAUUCUGAAUUUAACACCAAGCAGA